AUGUUCAAUUUCUGCAAAGAGUUCAAUUCCUGCAAAGAGUUCAAAAUCAGCGAGGUUAUUAAAAAUAUCUCAAGGUUCGAGGAAAAUGAGAAAUAUUCCACUAACAUAGAAGAACGAUUCAAUAUUCCAUGGAGAAUGGAAAUAGUGAAAAAUAAUGGAUAUUUUGAGUUUUAUUUGAGAUGCGAAAAAGAAGAACGUGAAAACAUGAAAUGGUUGAUUCAUGUUGAUUACACAUUGAAAUUGGCAUCGAAAAACGAAAUGAUGAAAUGGACGAAAAGGGGAACGUGGAUAUUUCUAACAAGGCCGAGUCGAUGUGGUUGCCCUAAUUUCAUCAGCUGGAAGGUGUUGGAAAGUGAUUGUGUGGUUAAUGAUAGUAUUGUAGUUGAAGCUCAUGUCAAAAUAAAUAAAAUAAUUGACUCUCCGUGCAUUGAAAACGAAAAUCAAAAAAUGUUUCUGUUGCAUCACACUGUUAAAAAUGUUUCGAGUAUUAAAGAAGGAGGUAACUAUUUCACAAAAACAGAGAAACGAUUCAAUAUUCCAUGGAAAUUAAACAUUGAAAGAAAGAAUGGAUUUUUUGGAUUAUAUCUACACUGUACCAAAGAACUGUCUAAUAAAAAUAACUGGACUAUUGAAGUGGAGUUUGAUCUAAGAUUGGUGUCUCUGAAUGGUCAGAGUUUAUCUAUCAAAUUAACAUCCACUUACAAAGAGCAUUAUGGUUACGGCUGGGAUAAAUUUCUAAGAUGGGACGAUAUGCUAGAGAAGUACACGGUGAACGACAGUAUAAUCAUUGCAGCUCUCGUCAAGAUUACCAAAAUGACUGGAUGUGAAGAGGAAUAA